ACUUGCAGUCCUGUGCAGCUGGAGACGUUGGCAAAAGAGAACCAGAGAGGCAGCCGGAGAUGCUGUUGCUUCCAAAGAUGCUGCCAGCUGCAUGUAUGUAAAGCAGGAUCCUUUUCAACUUGUUUUAUCGUCUGCCUGCAACAAGAAACGAGGCUUCAUCUGCGCCUACGGUUUACAGCCACCACAAAUCUCAUGGAACGCUUCAACAUCCAGAUUGCGGUUUAAAAGGAGUGAACACCCUAUGGCUCCCCAUAUUAAUAACAUUGUACACCUGCUCUGGGAAGCAGACAAUGAGAUUAUGCGAAUGGAAACAGAGCCAGGAGAACCAACAGAUGAAAGUAGGGACAGUUUUAUUAUGUAUUUGUUGAAAGGCACUCAAAAUCUCACACCUGAACUUGCUUUUGAAAACACUGACAUAAUAAGUCGCAUCAUCAGCUGCAGCAUUGGCAUCCUUGAAAUAUCCAUGAACAAAUGUGAUAUUCAAGCUAACCCAAACCCUACAUCUCUGUUUGAGGAUAUAUUCGAAAUUUUUCGGACCAUUUCAGUCUUGCUGGGUUCAGCAACAUCAGAGAGAAUUGUCAUCAAGUCCUCAACAGGUACCGUCUAUCACAGCAGUCACAUACCUGAAGAUCUCAGCAAUGUCAUUCUGGGCUCUGUGGAAGAUGGCGAGUACAUCAUAAUGCCCCCAUAUUCCAUUCUUCAAAGUCAUAUUGGACAGUACGAAAAAAUUGUCGCUCAGAUGGCUACAUUCCCUUUGAAUCCCCAUCCAUCCGAUGACAAAAUCUCGGGAAAGGUUUGCAGCCUGAUACUCAGUGAUGGAAUUUCUGAUGUUGAAUUGGCCAAUCUUACAGAGAUGAUAGAGAUAUUCAUCCCCCGCCCUACUGCUCCAACAGAGAUUAACCGGACAGUCGUACUUGAAAAAAACACAAAGGUACUGACUACAGUCAACGUCUCAGACCCUACUAUGACCAUCGUUGUCAAAGUGGAACCCAAUGGAAAUGUGUCCUUGCGUCUUACGCUCUCUGAAGGGUCACCACCUAAUUCCAGCUAUUUUGCCAACAGAACCAUCCUCAGCCAAAUAGAUGGCUAUCAAUGGAUCAUAACCCCAGAGAUGUUUCAGCAGUCUGUUGGGGUAUGGUACAUUAGCAGUGAACUCUUCAACUCAACGUGGGAGCCAGGCAUUACACUGAGCAUCGCCACAUUUAUGACUAAGUGCAUGUACUGGAGCAUAGAUGGACAAACAUGGAGCACAGAUGGCUGUCAGGUUGGGAAGCAAAGCAAUUCUGGACAAAUCCAUUGUCUCUGCAACCAUCUAACUCUUUUUGGUGGUUCCUUCUUUGUGAUGCCCAACCAUGUGGACAUAACACGCACAGCUGAGUUGUUUGGUACUGUGUCUCAAAACUAUGUGGUGCUGUCACUGCUUUGUGCCUUCUUUGGCCUCUACCUGGUCACCCUCUUCUGGGCGUGCUAUGCUGACCGCAGGUCACUCUCCAGAAGGAAGAUGACUCUACUGGAGGAUAACCACCCGUGUGCGCAGUAUAACUACUUGAUUAGUGUCCAAACCGGACAGCGCAAGAAUGCGGGGACAACUGCCAAUGUCACAGUGACAUUGAUUGGCUCAGAGGGACAAAGUGAUGCAUACCAUCUUACAGAUCCCGACAAGUCUGUGUUGGAGAGGGGAUCUGUCGACAUGUUUCUGUCCGCUACUCCCUACCCGCUAGGUGAAGUGCGAAACAUUAGGUUGCAACACGACAACUCUGGAGGUCAUCCAUCAUGGUAUGUCAAUAAGGUGACCAUACAGGAUCUCCAAACUCACCAUGUUUGGCACUUCUUUUGUGACUGUUGGAUAAGUAGCAGCCAUGGAGAUGGUAUGACUAAGAAAAUAUUCAAUGCUGCAAAGAAUAAUGAGGUUUCCUGCUUCAGGAAUAUUUUUCAGAGCAGAACAACGGCUGGUUUUAGAGAUGAACAUAUUUGGGUGUCAAUUGUGGAUCCGCCAUCACGCAGCCCUUUCACUCGGGUUCAGAGGGUUUCUUGCUGUAUGAGCCUGCUCCUUUGCACAAUGGCCAUUAAUAUUGCUUUUUGGAAUAUUCCAGAGAAUGAGGACUCUCCAGUAGUCUUCUCCCUUGGUUCACUGCGAAUUACAUGGCAGGACAUUAUGGUAGGGGUUGAGAGUGGUCUUCUCAUGUUCCCAAUAAACAUCCUCAUCAUCACCAUAUUCCGAAGCAUCAAACCUCGCAUAAUUUCAAAGGCUCAGAAAAAAAGCUCAGAGGUAACUCUGAGACCCAAGUUGGUUACCAUACCAGUCAUUCUGAAGGAAACAGAGGAGGUUCUUUCCCAGAUGAGCAGAAGUGGACGGAACAAAAUGCCCGGGAUGUACAAAUUGGACUCCACUGCUGAUCUCUGUCCUGCUUUGAACAGAAUGCAUGAAUUAAUCCAUUUUAUGCAGGGGGAAACUGAGAGUGACCUUCACUGGGUCUAUAGCAGCAAGUUCCUCCUAACUGCUCUUUGCCGCUUGCUCGUGUGUCUGGAAAGGUUGGAUGGAAAGAACUUCCUAAGUCCACAGGAGUACACACAAUCACUAGACAUCACCAAGGUGCUGGUUCGAAAGGUCGACAUGGUCUUCAGCAGUCAUUUGGCCUACUGCCCGCCUCCUGUGAAAAAGAAGAGGGUCUCAUCGAGUUGCUGGUUGCCUUGGUGGUGUGUGUUCCUUGGCUGGUUCCUGCUAAUUUCCCUCAGUGGCGUGUCCACUUUCUUUACCUUACUCUAUGGCUUUUACUAUGGCAAAGCAAAGUCCAUCAAGUGGAUCAUGUCUCUGGGCCUCUCUCUCUUCCAGAGCAUUUUUAUACUACAGCCUCUCAAGGUAAUUGGAGUUGCUAUCUUUUUUGCCCUCUUACUUAAACCUGUAGCUGUGGAGGAAACUGAAGAAGUUGAACAAGUGCUUUUAGAACAACAGGACAAAUGCAGGUACUAUUCCAGGGGGGAGACUGUCUGAAUUAGCUGCAAGAACAUGGACUUCUAUUUUCGUCACCCUUAUCACCUUCAAAAAUCAACAUUCUGUUAUAUAGUUCUAUCUGAAGAUAUCUAAAUACACCCUAACCAUCAAAAAUAUAUCUGUGGUUAGUUAAUAGGCUGUGCUGUGUAAAGCUCACUUUAUAAUGUACAUAUGAAAUAUGUAAGUCCAUGCAUAUAGGCCAUUCUACUUAGUCAAUUACAUUUGCAUUGCGGGGAAAUAAAAUGUAGAAAUGCUUAUUAACUGUAAAUGCUUUUAAUUAUGCAUAGUUUGCCGCCCUUAAUCUGAUUGAUUUUUUUAAAAAUACAUUUAACUUUUUUUUUUUUUUUUUUAAGUGUCGGGCAUCAUUUAGGCCACGGCAAAGACAAAAUUAGUUAACUCAUGUUCUGGUCAGUUGGUUAAAUUUUAACUACGAAAAAAAGAUCUCGGCUCUGUCCAAUUACGUAAAUAUUAUUUGCCUUUUUUUUUUUUUUCAACCUUUUUUUUUAUUAUUAUUGAAACGAUGUAAUUUGCUUACUGUCAAUAUGCUAUUAGCGUAAAUGCCAUGUUGCUGCAUUUAUGCA